UCAGUGGUUUAGUGACUAAAUAAGUCACAAGUAUAAUUCCCGUAUACUUAAUACCUAAAUGUUGACGAGAAAUAUGCGGCCUGUGUUCUCAGGGUUUAUAAUUCUGGUUGUCGCCUCGGCUAUAGAAGCAACUUUGUCUGACCGAUAUCUCAACGGAACUAGAAGAUUCCCAGAAAUAAAACCCGGCCAAAAAUGCGUGAAAGGGCAAAUAUACAGGAUGGAUUGUAACACGUGCCACUGCGGUGAAAGAAAUACCCUACUCUGCACUAAAAUGGGGUGCCUUUUGAAAACUGACGGACGGAGGGCGGAGCAAACAGGGUGUAUCCCGGGAAAGUUGUAUAAGAAAGAUUGCCAGAAAUGCUUCUGUACGGAUAAAGGGAAGGUGAAGUGUAGCAUGAAGGAUUGCAAGUUGGCUGAUAAACCGUAUAUCAACCCUGAGCACAUCAAGCCCCACACCGCGGCGGAGUUCUACCGGCUCCCCCCCCUCCCGCACACGGGGACGGCGUGCCGGCCCGGCGUGACGUACCGCAUCGACUGCAACACCUGCUUCUGUCUGGAGAGCGCCAACCUCAUGUGCCAGCACCUGCUGUGUCCGAGCUAUGACGAUGUCUACAAGCUGAAGGCUAAGGAGAUGACGGGGAAACCUUGCGAAGCCAACAGUACAACUUCAGACUGUCUCGAAUGCGAAUGCAAGGCCGGCAAAUAUAAAUGCGAGCCCAAGCCAAAUUGCAGACACACGGACGGACGGAGGCAGCUGCACGGGGAGUAUCCAUCCAAACACGACAGGAACUUUAUAGACCCGGACCGCAUGAAGGAGAAGUGUGAACCUGGCAUGGUGUAUAAGGUCCACUGCAACAAAUGUUACUGCCAGGAUGACGGCUCCCUCCGUUGCACACAGAAAACAUGUCUUAACCACGCAGAGGUGGAGAAAUUGAAGAAACUCCGCUUGAAACUCGACAAGGAGGACCCGGAAUAAACGAAGACGUACCUAAUAGUCGCGGCGCGUCAAACAAGCAAAAUACCCAUUGAUAAUGACGAUGAUGAUGCUUUCUUGACCGAUUUCGGCCACAGCGACUGUGUGCUCUGGAGUAGGCAAUUUUUAACUCGUGUUAUUAGAGUGUAGCUGAUCCACUCUCUGGUGCGCCCUUAGGUGGCUCACGUACCCUAUCUUCUUGCUAAAUACUCGAGCGUAC